UGUUGUUCUGCCAUGGGUAUCUUCUGUGAUUGGCUGUUGUUCUGCCAUGGGUAUCUUCUGUGAUUGGCUGUUGUUCUGCCAUGGGUCUCUUCUGUGUUUGGCUGUUGUUCUGCCAUGGGUCUCUUCUGUGUUUGGCUGUUGUUCUGCCAUGGGUCUCUUCUGUGUUUGGCUGUUGUUCUGCCAUGGUUGUUCUGCCAUGGGUCUCUUCUGUAUUUGGCUGUUGUUCUGCCAUGGGUCUCUUCUGUGUUUGGCUGUUGUUCUGCCAUGGGUCUCUUCUGUGUUUGGCUGUUGUUCUGCCAUGGGUCUCUUCUGUGUUUGGCUGUUGUUCUGCCAUGGGUCUCUUCUGUGUUUGGCUAUUGUUCUGCCAUGGGUCUCUUCUGUGUUUGGCUGUUGUUCUGCCAUGGGUCUCUUCUGUGUUUGGCUGUUGUUCUGCCAUGGGUCUCUUCUGUGUUCGGCUGUUGUUCUGCCAUGGGUCUCUUCUGUGUUUGGCUGUUGUUCUGCCAUGGGUCUCUUCUGUGUUUGGCUGUUGUUCUGCCAUGGGUCUCUUCUGUGUUUGGCUGUGUAUCUCCAAAUGUUUUGUGAUUUUUCUGCCCAUAAAUGAUGAAACACAUUUUUGUUUAAUUUAAAACAAAAGUAAUACAAUAUAUCUGUACUGAUAUUUUAAUGCAACCAUGAUAUGCUAAAAAAACUUUGUUUUGCUUCAAAAGAUGAGCACUAUUCUGGUACACCACAUGUAAACUGCUUCAGUAAAAGUCUUUCUCCUGAGCAUUUAUCUGUUAGAAUCUUUACCUACAAUUCCUUCUCCUAGCAAUGAUCUCCAAAAAUAUAUUGUACUGGUUUGUUUCUUAAAAAAAAAAAAGGUUCAUUGCAACACCAAGCUUCUGUUUUAGCCUCUUCAUU